AUGUCUGCCGGAAUUAACGUUCCCGAGGAACAGCCUUUACUGGCCAACUCGAAGCCGCCAAGCUAUCAUGAUAACCCCACAGGCAGCUUAAGUCGCCCUCAGGAUGAGGAGGCACUUACCUUGACAGACGAGACCAGUGACCCGAAAGACCCAUGGACCAAGAGGCAAAUAAUCGUCUAUAGCGUUCUGACACUGCUAGGAUUGUUUAUAUUGGCCACAUUCAUCAAAGGCUUCAUUGACGCAGAUGAUGUGAAUUUUGACCUGGGAAAGGCGUUCAAGAGUGCACUAGGGGGAGGGUUAAGUGGUGCUGCGGCCAUGGUGUUGCAGGUCUUGACGCUCAUGCCUCUGCGCACGAUCAUGAAUUACCAAUACCGAUACGGUACAACGACGACACAGGCUACCAAGAUUUUAUACACUGAUGGUGGCUGGACACGGUAUUACCAAGGCCUUACCGCAGCUCUGGUCCAAGGGCCAGUGUCCCGCUUUGGUGACACCGCUGCUAAUGCAGGCAUCCUCGCCCUCCUUCAAAGUAAUUCAUAUAUGAAAACCUUGCCCACACUUUUGAAGACAGUGUUCGCGAGUGUUGCUGCGGCUUGCUUCCGCAUGAUCUUGACCCCAGUUGACACGAUCAAGACGACUAUGCAGACGCAGGGUAAGGAAGGCAUUGCAUUACUGAGAGCUAGGGUCAAGAAAUAUGGCGUUGGCAGCUUGUGGUAUGGCGCCCUCGCGACUGCCGCUGCCACGUUCGUCGGUCACUACCCAUGGUUCGGGACGUACAACUAUCUCAAUGCGGUCCUCCCACUUCCAGCGAAUAUACUGCAGAAACUCCUUCGUUCCGCCGUAAUCGGCUUUGCAGCUUCCAUCGCCUCUGACACCAUUUCCAACUCUCUUCGCGUGCUGAAGACCUACCGACAAGUCAACGCUACCCGAAUUGGAUAUACCGAUGCUGCCCGCGCCGUCAUCGCAGCAGACGGCCUCAAGGGUUUGUUCGGGCGGGGACUUAAAACCCGUAUCUUGGCGAACGGCCUCCAGGGAAUCAUGUUUUCCAUACUGUGGAAAUUAUUUUUGGAUUUGUGGGAUGAUAAGACGAAAUAG